AGCUUAACCAUCGCCUUCCUCCCCUCUGUUUGCCCGCAGAUCUCAAUCCUCCCCAUCCGCUUCUCUGCCGUCAAUUAAUACUCUGGCCGCCUCUCUCUCUCUCUCUCUCUUUCUCUUUCUCUCUCUCUCUCUCUCUCUCUCUCUCUCUCUCUCACAUAUCCUCCUCCUGUAGGCCUCAUGUUAUUUUCUGUUUAUCCCCAAUGUUCUGCAUAGGCGAAGGCAUCCAAUUAUCUAUUUGAUUAUAUGCUUGAUUCUGAAUUACGCCUUUUCUACCUGUCUUUGUUGUAGUUUGUAUCCUCUCUGUAACCCUAAUUUAAUUCGAUGGACCGGAGUUCGAGAUUUCAGAACCCUAUACCUCUGAGCAGCGUGGGUUUCAGCAAGCCUCCGCCAAUCCAGAGCGACGGUGCAGGUAUGAAGCCACUUCCGCCUUUGCUUCUCGAUAGAUUUAUGGCCAUGUUCAAGGAUCGCGAGGAAGAACUUAGGGUUUUUGGUGGUGCAGCUGUUUUGCCGUUGGAAACCGACGAAAUUGUUCAGCUUUAUGAGAUUAUUUUGUCGGAGCUCACUGUCAAUUCGAAGCCAAUGAUUACUGAUCUCACUGUACUUGCCGAAGAGCAGCGGGCACACGGCGAGGCCAUUGCUGGUGCCAUUUGCUCCCGGAUUAUUGAGGUUUCUGUUGAUUAUAAACUGCCUUCUUUAUACCUUUUGGAUAGCAUCGUGAAGAAUAUAGGCAAGGAAUACAUUAAUUUCUUCUCUGCUCGCUUGCCUGAGGUUUUCUGUGAGGCUUACACACAAGUCCACCCCAAUAUGCACAAAGCAAUGCGCCAUCUGUUUGGGACAUGGUCUACAGUUUUCCCACUGUCAGUGCUUCAAAAGAUUGGGACAAAGUUAAAGUUUUCUCCUCCUGUAAAUGGUCAUUCUUCAGGAUUAAGCUCUUCAAGAGCUUCUGAAUCUCCUCGACCAACACAUGGGAUACACAUAAACCCCAAGUAUUUGGAAGCACAACGGCAGUUUGGACAAUCAUCAGUAGAUCCUUUUAGAACUGAAGGAGUGUGUUCAACUGGUCGUACAGGCCUUACAGCUUCUGGUGUAGAUGCUGUAAAAGUGUCUCUUCCAUCAGCUUCUAGGAUAACAAGGUCCUCCCCUCCUUGUGGACUUGGGCCUGCGGGAUCAUUGUCUCCUGCUGGUCCUUCAAUCAAGGAUUUUGGCAUGGAUAGUUCCACAAAGAGACUCACUGUUAGGCAGUCACCAUCUCAUCCUGGAAGUGAUUAUGGGCCAAGCAAAGUGGUGAGCAGAGAGGAGGAGACAAGUGAGUGGCGGAAAAGAAAUCUGCAGGGCAAUCCCAAACCACAGCUUAAAGCAGUAGCAGCAGCAGCUGCGUAUAAAUAUAGUGGUGGUAUUGAUCUUCGAGGACCGAGAGCAUUGAUUAGUGCCUAUGGGAUGGAUGAACGAGAAAAACAUUUAAACAAUAAACAUCAUAAAGUUAAGGAGUUGGACUCAAAUGGUGCUGAGCAAAAGAUAGGUAUCAGGACAUGGCAAAACACUGAAGAGGAAGAAUUUGAUUGGGAAGACAUGACCCCAUCUUUAGCAGAUCGGAUGCAGUCUAGUGAUACAUAUUCAUCUCUUCCAUCUCUUGGUAACUUGACCGGUAGAGAGAGUGUUGUUGCAGACCAUGCCGCAUGUUUGUCUGCUCCUGGAUCUGUUAACAAUGUUGCUGGUGCCAGUAAUUUUACGAGCCAUAUUCCUCCUAAUUUUGGCCGAGAAUCCUUGAUUUUUCUCCCACAGCAGUCUCAGGGCCAAUUUAAUGCCAAAGGAAGUGGUUCUCUAGCUGAAAGUAGAAACGUUUUAACUGGUGGUGAGCAAAAGAGCCAAGUUGGAAAUUUCUCAAAUAUUGAUUGGAAGUCUGGUCGGCCUGCUGGUGUUGUUUCAACAUUUGGUUCCACCUACGACUCACUGGCUCCUGAGAUUCGAUCAGGUGAUGCUGCUUUAAGAAAUACAUGGAAUCCUGCAAAUUUUCUAAACUCACAGAUUAUGCCAUCGCACUCUAGUCUUCCUCAACAAAUGCUAUUUAGAGGUCAGUUUGGUAUGAAGAAUGCUUCUAAUAUUGCCGAUCAAAUGCAUUCUGAUCCCGGUAGCUGUAGAAGCAUGCCACUGGUGGCCUUGCCCCAAAAUUCUAGUAUUCGUCCUGGAAUGGUUCCUGUAAAUUUGCAUGGUGCAACACAGCCAAACUUUUCAAUGGCUCGAGAGUCCAGACAAAAUUUGCAAUUGCUUUAUUCAGUGCCCGGUUCAUCAAAUACAAUGGUACCACCUUUGAACUAUAGAUACUUAGCUCAAGGGCAGGGUCCUGCUGGCACUACUCCACAUAUGUCAUUUCAAGUACCCGGGGCAACCUUACAGCCUCCACCAAGGGGUCCUCAUCCAGGGACAACUCAAGCAUUUCCUAUUGGUCAAAAUAAUGGGCAAGUUGCUCCUAAUGGCUCCGUGAGGAAUGGGCUUUCAGGGUUAAUAUCUUCUUUAAUGGUCCAAGGUUUAAUAUCUUUACCAGAGCAGGAUUCUGUUGGAGUGGAAUUUGAUCAAGACAGUCUUAAGGUGAGACAUGAAAACGCAAUUACGUCUUUAUAUGCUGAUCUUCCAAGGCAAUGCAAAACUUGUGGCCAUCGAUUUAAAGACCAAGAAGAGCACAGCAACCAUAUGGAUUGGCAUGUAAACAAGAACCGAACUCUAAAAAACCGCAAGACAAAACCUUCUCCGAAGUGGUUUGUAAACAUAAACAUGUGGCUCAGUGGCACAGAAGCCUUGGGAAUUGAAUCAGCUCCAGGUUUUUUGCCCAUCGAAAAUACUGUGGAAAAGGAGGAGGAUGAAGAAAUGGCUGUUCCUGCUGAUGAUAGCCAGAAGGCUUGUGCACUAUGUGGAGAGCCCUUUGAUGAUUUCUAUAGUGACGAAAUGGAAGAAUGGAUGUAUAGGGGAGCCGUAUACAUGUAUGCACCAGGUGGGUUAACAGUUGGAAUGGACACAUCGCAGUUAGGUCCUAUAGUGCAUGCCAAAUGUAGACCUGACUCACAUGGGGUUUCACCGGAAAAUUAUGAGGAUGAAACGGAAUCAACUAAAGAAGAUGGUAAAAGGAAAAAACUGCGAAGUCAUUCCUGAUAUUUGCAGGUCACAUGUAACUUCAGUUUUGAGUUAUUAUUAAUUCAUUUCAUUCAUCUAUAGUAGCUUUGUAACACCCGAGAAAAAAAAGAGAAAAAAAUAAUAAUAAUAAUAAUAAAUUAAUCUAAUUAAAUCUUUCCCUUGACUUGGUCACCAAGCUACAUUAAUUCAAAUUUUAAUUAAAGAUUCUGCAGAGAUUUUCUUCCUCCGUGAUCUGCAAAUAAAUAUCGAACAAAUUCGAUAUAAUCCAAAAUAAAAACAAAAGAAAAAGAUUUCGAAAUCCCCACUCUUCCUCACGUUAAACCCGUUUUCCAAUCUCUCCCAUAAAUCUCCCCCCACUCCCUAAAUCUCUCCCACAUCAAAACAAAUCACCUCUCUAAUAUACGUUGCACCACCAAUCAGUUUUUCUAUAAUGUUUCACAUCUCUCACAAGAACAAGGCAACUCUCACUCAAUCGAAACUGAAAUGCAAUUUUUAGAACUUAUCUUUCGGGGUUGAGCGGAGCUGUUCGGGUUGGUUUCAGGACGUUUCGGGGUUGGUUCGGUGAUGAACGAUGGCCGCCCGAACACGUUCGGGGUGGUACAGCAAUCAAGUGGUCACGGCGGACGGCUCUAUGCGAGCUUAGACGGUACGACAGCGAACGACGGAGGGGCGUUGCUCUCCCAGCGACGCCGACGGAGUUCGUGAGGCAGUAAGACGAUGGCGGCGUUUCCCCAACGGCGGUGGCUGGCGAAGGGCGAUCCCGGCGACGUCCGUCAUCUCUGUGUGGACCGUGGAGCAGCGGCUGCCGUCGAUCUCGUUCAUGGAGUAGCCGCAGGGAUCGAAUACAUAGUCGCAGAUGAGAGCGUUCCGGUUCACGCUCCUGACCCGGCGACUACGCCGACCGCACUGUGGCGGCGGCGUCGUAUCUUCUCGGCGAGCAGUGGCCAGCGACGUGAAGUGAUUUUGAGAAGGCGACGAAUUGUGGUUUCUGCAAUAUGGUAUAUUUCGAAUUUUAAUGUUUUAAUAUUACUGGCAAGUUGUAACUAAUAAUUGUUGGAUCAAAUCCUGUACACAUAGGUCGCCUGCUGAUGAUUCAAUUUCAUAAUUGUUGUAUAAUAAGUUAAGUGAAUAAAACAAAAUUGAGAACAA